AUGGAUGAAUCUGUUUUAUAUCGUUUAAAAAAUUUAAUUGAUCAUAGUAUUAUAUCAGUACACAAAAAUCAAUUCAAAAUUGGUCGUGCUACAACAAAUGAUUUAAUUAUUGAAAAUAAUCCAUAUAUAUCAUCAUGUCACUGUAUAUUUGAAUUUGAUAAUGGACAUGUUUAUAUACGUGAUACAAGUUCAAAUGGUACAUUGAUUAAUCGAUCAAAAAAGAUCAAUAAAAAUAUUUCGUCUCUCGAACUUAAUUCUGGUGAUAUUGUUCAUCUUGUAUUUCGUAAAGAUGAAACUAAAUCAAAUAUUAUAUAUCAAUUAGAUAUACCACCGAUAUCGAAUUCUACUGAACAAAAAUUAAAACGAAAACUUUCUGAUAGUCCAUCAGUAUCACAAAAUAAUACGAAAGAAAAUCUUGAUUUAUCGAAUACAAUGAUUAUUGAUACAAAUGUUGAAAUGAAACGAUUAAAAACUAAAGAAGAAUUAGUUAUGAAAGCUGGCGAUGAUAUGGAAGAUAUACUUACAUGUGUCUGUUGCCAAGAUAUAAUGUCAAAUCCAAUUUGUCUUGAACCUUGUUUACACGCAUUUUGUAGUGAUUGUUAUAAUUCAUGGGAAGCAGUACAACGUACUUGUCCAAAAUGUCGUGUAAAAGUAAUUGGUAAAAAGAAAAAUGUAGUUAUUAAUGGUAUAUUGGAAGCGUAUCUUAAAGCAUAUCCACAUAAACGACCUACAUUACAAGCUAUUGAUAACACGAAACCCAAAAUGAAAACUACAACUAAUACGAAAAAUGAUGUUGAUCGGAAUGGAAUGUAUAUUAAUCGUAAUAAUCAGUAUAACAACGACACUGUCGAAGAAGAUGAAGAAAUGGAGGACGAUGACGACGACGACGACGAUGAUGAUGAUGAUGAUGAAGAUGAUGGUCAUUUUGUACUUCUCAUGGCUGCUCCAGUACCUGAUGGCCGAUUUGCUUGCCGCCAGUGUCCAAAGAAUGGCUUCGUAAAUACAGUAGAUGCUAGUAAUGCUUCAAUUGGUUAUCAAUGUCAUCCCGGUCAAAAACAUAUUCUUUGUCAAUGUUGUGUUCAACCAAUGCCCGAUCGAUUAGUUGAUUUGAGUAUUAAUCAAAGUUGUGAAAUAUGUCAUCAAUUCUUUUGUCAUAUGUAUUUUAAUCAAUGUCAACGACAAGGUUGUCUUGGAUGUUUAAAUCAAUUACGAAAUUUUAAUUUCGCUCCUCGACAUCUCAAUAAUCUUGUUAAUGAUAAUUCUGUUGAAACACAAAUUGUUCAAAAUUAUCUCACAGCACAUCGUUUCGGUAUGCGUGAAUUAUUUCUUCGAUGUUGUCAACUUCUUGAUCAAAAAGAAUUUACUUGUUCCAGUAUUGAUCGUAGUACUGCUAUUCCAUCAACAAAAGUUGUUUGUUAUAAAUGUGCCCUACGUAUAUUUAAAGAAUUAGCUUAUCAAUAUCGUGCUGCUAUGAAAAAAAAAGAUAUAUUACCAGUAGCAUUACGUAAUCGUGAAAAUUGUUAUUAUGGUAAACAAUGUCGUACACAAUAUAGUAAACCAGCUCAUGCACAAAAAUUUAACCAUGCUUGUGAACAAUUAAGAUAUUAA